AUGGAACCGGAUGUCCCAGCAGGAGAUGGAGAAGAUGCACAGCCAAUGUUUCUGGAACCGAAAAAGUUGAUCAGAAAGGAGUGUGCUGAUGUAUGCACUGCUGCUAGGAACGAGAGAUUCAGUGCCGCAAAGGGAGAAGAAUUCGAGAAAGCUAUCAAGGGUAUCUUUUCUAUUGAUGAAGCUCAAGACCUUAUUGAAUUGAGGAAAUUGGUAGGUACAAACUCUUCGGUCAGCAUUUUUGAAAUGUCAAAUCACUAUCAUAUUUUGAUGAUAGAACUCGCUGCGUUAGAAAAAUCUACUCUUUUGGCAACUGGUUGGUCGAAGUGCACGGUUGCGGGCUGGGCAUCCAGCUCCAAAAGUUGGUGUUAGAG